AUGGCAUCGUUCCCAGUGUUACUGUGCUUCACGGCUGUGUUGUUUCCUUUAUUUCCUGCACAUGGAAAGGACGAGUCUAUUGAUUCACUGUCAACCUUUCAAAAAAAAAUCCAAAAAGAGAUUAUAGACAAACACAAUGCGCUUAGAAGAUCAGUCUCUCCAACUGCCAGCAACAUGCUAAAAAUGCAAUGGAGUGAAGAAGCAGCAGCUAAUGCCCGAAAAUGGGCAGAUCAAUGCACUAUGUCACAUAGUACAAGAGAAUAUCGAAGACUCAAUGCAACUAAUUGUGGGGAGAAUCUCUUUAUGUCCAGUGAUCCAGCUGCAUGGUCAAGUGGAAUCCAAGCUUGGUUUGAUGAGUCCUCAGAUUUUAUAUAUGGGAAAGGGGCAAAGACUAGACAGGCAGUUAUUGGACAUUACACACAGGUUGUUUGGUACUCAUCUUCACUUGUUGGAUGUGCAGUUUCCUACUGUCCAGAUGCAUACCUAAAAUAUUACUACGUUUGCCAAUACUGUCCUGCAGGUAACUUACAGAGCAAAAUCAAUGUUCCUUACCUCAGCGGACCACCUUGUGCUGCCUGCCCUAAUGAUUGUGACAAUGGUCUAUGCACCAACAGCUGCAUGUAUCAAGAUUAUUAUGCUAACUGUAAAAGUUUGGUGUCUGCAAUGGGUUGCGAACAUAAAAUCACCAAGGACAAAUGCAGGGCCUCCUGCGAGUGCAAAGACAAGAUUUAUUAA